AUGGCUGGAACCGCUGACGCUGCUAAAAACGCUCUCUCCUCAAUCUUCGACAAGGCUAAGGAUGUUGUUGGAACUGCCGCUGAGGCCACAAAGGGUUACGCAAGCCAAGCGCAACAAGCGAUCGGGAAAGUGAUCCCCGGGAUGAGUGUCGAUCAUUCGGCUCAAGAUCCGUCAGUCGUUCAACCAGCUGAGACGGCCGCUCCCGCUCCUCCACCUCCACAACAA